AUGCACCAAUUGCCGUCGUGUGUGUCGCUCCAUCCGCUUUCCGACCUCCGCGAUAUGCGUGACAGCCAUGCGCACAGCCUUACGCCAGCGAAUGAAGCCCUGCUGUUCUCCAUCUACUAUGCGGCAGUAACUUCGAUGGAGGAAGACGAUAUCAUAACUAACUUUGGUUAUACGAAAUCAGAACUGAGUCUUAAGUUCCGUCUCGGCCUAGAGCAUGCUCUGGCCAAGGCCGACUUUCUGAUCGUCUCUGACAUAGUCCUCCUACAGGCCUUUGUUAUAUUCCUUCUUCUCGUUCGCCGCCACGAUAGUCCGAGGUUUGUCGUCGGACUAUAUCUUCGUUAAAUCAGGCCACACAUGGGCUGUUAUUCAUGAAAAGUUUCAUCCAGACCUUGGUCCCGGGUCCCCACGAUCCGUGGCCAUGUGUGGCGACUAAGCACUCGUACCUCUCAAACGGAGUCAUCGGACCUUGAAUAUUGUCUGAUUUGAGAACCUUUAUGGGUGUAGAUGGCAAGGUACGGGUUGUUAGGCCGCCUUGUGGCAUACUUUCUGUGGUACUCAUAUCUUACCAAUUUAUUUUGGUUGGUUUAGACAUGACGGCGACGACAGGGG